AUGUCAAGCACCAAUCUAGUCGGAAAAUUCACGCAAAGCGUUCGUCGCAUCGUACAAGAUGUCAAAGAUGAAGGUACUUCCAGUGGACAAACAAAAGAAGAAGUGAUAGAAACGAAUGAGCGUCUGCGCGCAGUACGGAUACGUCUUGAUGAGAACUACGACACUGCAAAGAAGGCCUUGGUCACACUUAUGUCCCGAUACAACGAGUCCAAGGCAGAGCGCAACGUGUUUACCAGAUAUGCAUUAUUGAAGGCCAUGAUUAAGGUUUUGACUUCAGAAAAGCUCAAAGUGGAAUAA